AUGCUGGCUAGCUUGUUCCUGGCACAGUUCGCGUUAGCGCCGCUGAGCUCGCCGCCACGCAGGGCUUUCAUCGGGCAGGCUGCCGCAGUGGCGGUCGGCCUCCAGCCGUUUGCGGCACUGGCGGCGGCGGACUGCCUUCAGACCUGCCGCAAGAACUGCGGCCGAACUGCGGCCGGCUUGCGGCAGGGAUUACUGCGAGAGCUCUUGCGUGGACUAUUGCGCGCGCAAGACGACCGGAAAGAUGGCCUCAGCGGGUCGGUCAGCACGGAGGGCUCCGAGUUCGGUUUCGCCAGCUCUUUCAAAAACCCGCUAGCGCCGCAGAAGCCAACGGUCUACGGCGAUGACAAGCCACCAGGUCUACCGGACGUUUUCGGGGUGAACCAGGCGCUGCGGAAGGCGGUCACUGGCGGCGACUUGACCGGCGGCGUGCAAGGCCAAGGCGGUGCACGUGACUUCUCCGACGCGCCGCCGGGUGGACUGUUCGACAGUACGCGAUUCAGGGCUAAGUAG